AUGCCGCCGGAGGGCAUCGCUCGCAUCGCCGACACCUUGCAGAAGCGGACUUACCAGCCCAAGGAGGACAUCAUCCGGCAGCAUGAGGAGGGCAAGGAGUUCUUCAUCAUGCUCUCGGGCGUGGCACGGGUAUGGGUCCGAACAGGCAACGACGAGCAGGAAUACAAGCGCUACAAGGCGGGAGAUCUCUUCGGAGAGCUCGCGCUGCUGAAGAACGCCCCGCGGGCGGCCUUCGUCUCUGCGGUCACCAGCGUCGAGGUGCUGGCCCUGACCCGGAAGCAGUUCGAAAGGCUUUUCGGGCCAAUGACGGACCUGCAACAACAGCAGUACCUGACGGAUCCCAGGAAGCUCAUUGCAGACUUCUACAUGGCCGGGGACGCUCGAGGACCCCGCGGCAGUCUGAAGCUGCAUCAGUUGGCGCCAGAUGCCAAAGCUCACGGCGAGAGCACCUGGCCUUCCGCCCAGCUAUCAGGGUUUGCGGUGUACCGGCCUACCAGCAAGGACGCCAUUGCCAAGAUGCUGUCUGGGGUCGCGGUGGGCAAAGGCUUGAACGUGAAGGGCAAGUCCGCGAAGAAGGGAGUGCUCUCUGGCUUCGUGCCCUUUAUCCAGAUCUCGGACAACGACCACCGGUCCAUCAUCGAGCAGUCUCCGCGCGAGUCGCGGGUGACUGUCUACUACAAGACCAAGGCCUCGCGGCAGGAGGCGCAGAAGCUCCUCCAGGCGGCCUUGGAAGACACGAGCUUGGACAUCGAGGACCGGUCCCUUCGUCUCGUCGACGACUUCCAGCCCGAGAGUUGGGGCCUGGACCUGCCAGAGCCGCUGAUCCGCGAAAUGUACAUCGUGCGAUCGGACCUGACGCCGGUCAUGGGUUGGGAGACCGGGAGGCGUUCGGAGCCAGCUUUCAUGGACAUGAAUUUGCACGCCAUCCGCGGGAAAUCCGAGCCCCAGGUGGUCCUGUACCAGUACGACGAGAGCGACCCGAUGAAUCCUCGUGGUUUGCUCAUCGCGUGA